CUGCUUCCUCUCCUCGGCGUCUGCUUGGCGCCGGCGAGAGCGUGCCUCGUCUACCCCCUCUGCCGCGGCGGCAGCCUCGAGGACCGCCUCUACCGCACGCCAGCCGCACUGCAGCGGCUCCGCAUGCUCGGCUUCGAGACGCCGCCUCCGCCGCUCACCGCCGCCGCACGGCUCCGCGUGCUGCGCGACGCCGCGAGAGCUCUGCACUACUUGCACACGCGCUCUCCCAUGAUCCUACACCGCGACGUCUCGGCGGGCAACAUCCUGCUCGACGAGCGCGGCAACGGCUACCUCGCCGACGUGGGCCUCGCGCGCACGGCAGAGGCGACGGCCGGCGGCAACGGACAGGUCUCGCACCUGUCGACGCAGCGUAUCUUUGGCAAGCCCGGCUACAUGGACUCGAUCAUCAUGCACGACAACCAGGCUUCGCAGCUCACUGACGGCUUCGCGCUCGGGGUCACGCUGCUCGUCAGCCUGACCGGCCGCGGCGCCGUCGGCUUGCUCAACGCGUGCGACGAUGCAUUGGAGGAGCCCGACACGGCGGAGGGCAUCGCGGCGGCUGACGUGGGCUGGUCGGCGGCGCAGGCCGAGGAGCUGACGCGGCUGGUGGUCGGGCUGGCAUACGAGCGGAAGAAGAAGCGGAUGCCGCUCGCAGAGGCGCUGCCGCGGCUGGAGGCGCUGGCCGAGGCGGCGGGGGAGGUGGAGGAGACGGCU